UUCACGCAAUCUCAUCGUCAUUAGAUACUAUCAAAGUCUUCUGUUCUUCCUGCUUGCCAUUUGCUUGCGAUCCUACUAACUUCUUUCCAGAUUGCUGCUCUAUUCGUCUUUACAGUAUCUCUAAUAUACCAUACGCUCUGUUUAUUCUCACUUUCUUUUCCAUUACUUUUUCUUCAUCUUUCCAAUCUUAACUCCACUUUUUGUUUUCUUUUAAAUUACAUUAUCAUCACCAUCCCCAUCCCCAUCAUUAUCAUUAUCAUUAUCAUUAUCAUUAUCACUAUCACUAUCACUAUCACUAUCACUAUCACUAUCACUAUCAAUACCUCACUUAAAUUAUCUAAUUAUGUCAAAUCUAAACCAAAGAACUUCUACCUCCUCCUCGAAUAACACCAGCAUACCAACAAUAAAAGUUCUACUAAUUGGCGAUCCGGCUGUUGGAAAAACAUCAAUUAGAGCUCAAUUUGUCCACCAUGUUUUCUCAAAUGCUUACAGAGCGACUGUUGGUGGUGAUUAUCUCACAACAAAAAUCAAACUAAACGAAAUCCCCAAUCUUAACAACAACAACAACAACAACAACAAUUCAAUAUCAAAUAAUAACAACGACACCAACAACAAUAGCAAUAGCAUAGAAAAUGAUGAGGCAAUACUCCAAAUUUGGGACACUGCUGGUCAAGAAAGAUUCAACUCAAUUGGAAGAACCUUUUAUCGUGGCACUGAUGUAGCAAUCCUCGUCUACGAUAUAUCAAACCCAAACUCUUUCUACAACCUCUCCAAAUGGGCAAACGACUUUCUUGAAAAUGUUCACGUAUCAAAACCAAGCAUCAUAAUAGUAGGCAACAAACUAGACAAACCGAUCAACGACCACCUCAUCUCCCUAAGACAAUGCAAAGAUUUCGUAUUAAACAACAACGAUUCCUUCAUAGAUGAAUACCUCAAUAACCUUAAUGACGACAUCUUCCAAAUCUCUGCAAAGGAUUUCAACCAAGUUCAAUCAAUAUUCAAAAGAGUAACCUAUCUAGGCCUAAAAAGCCUAGAGCAAAAUCACCAGGUCUUCAACUUCGACAACAUUGAUAUAUCCUCCCAACUAUCCUCAAAUAACUCAAAACUAUUUCCCUGUUGUUAGCUUUCCUCUCCAAUUUUUCAUCUUCUCAAUUUAUAUUCCUCUCUUCUCCAAUCCAUUCCAAUUUAAUUUAAUCUAAUCUACUACAUCUCACUUUACUCUACUCCCCUCUACUCUAAUCUAAUCUACUCUAAUCUUCCUUUUAACUUUGUGUUACUAUUUACUAUACUAUUUUACACCUUUAUACUUUCUCAUUUCAUUACUAUUUUUAUUGUUUCUUCUAUUUUUAUCUCAUUUUAAUAAUUCUAUCUUCAAUCCUAAUCCUAAUCUUAAUCUUAAUCUUAUUUCGUC